CUGAGAACAACUGGAUCUUGUUCACACUCGGCCAGAAGAAGACUCCUGGGAGCUGGCCCUUCUGCUGGAGCCCUCCUCUUCUUUCUGGCUUGAAUUUUCCUUCUCAUGUUUCAUGAUUUCAAUUGGCUGCCCUGGCUUCUGGGGUCCUGCAGCUUCCAGGCAGAGAAGGAGGAAGGGGACCAGCCAGCUCUCCUCUCCCACCUGCUUGGAGGCAGGCCUGCCUCUGUGAAUAGUCUCCCAUCCACAAGGGUAAAGCCUCACCUCCUUCCAGCCUGACACAGACAAGGAGCUGAACGGAGAUCUCUGAGACCCUGCUGCUGCCAUCAUGAGCUCAGAAAACCUCGGAAACUGCACAGAUAUUGAGAUCUUUUUUGAGGAAGUCACUGAGUGUCUCUGGGACAUGCUGAGCAGGGAGGAACUGCUUCUCCUGCUGACUGAAUUCCUGAGGAAAAUUGAGGCGAAGGCUGGUUUGUCCAGGAAAGAUGUGAUAGCACUACACAAAUAUCUAAAUGAAUUGAAGGGAGACUUGAUAGAGAAGGACCAGGAAACGCUCACAAAAGAGGAGCUGGACAGGAGGAGGUUUCUGAAGAAGAUUCCUCGGGUGAAACGGCAGCUGGAGGAGCGCAUAGGAAAGCUCCACGAGCUCGCAGACAAGCUUGACAAGGACCACAAGGAGUCUACCAUCUUCAAAGUGAUGACCCACACCACUGGCGUUGCAUCUGGCGCCCUGACCCUCCUUGGCCUGGCUCUGGCACCCGUGACAGGGGGGGGCAGUCUGGCACUCUCAGCCGCUGGGUUCGGGCUGGGAGCAACAGCUGCUGUGGCAAACGUGUCCACCAGCUACAAGGAACAUGUAAGCAGGUCAGCAGCCGAAACUGAAGCCAGUAGCCUGAUGUCAACUGGCAUCAAGAAAUGGAAGGUGCUCCUAGAGGUACUCAGGAGCAACCCCCAAAUUGUUGAUGCAACAAAGAAAUUGGCAGAAAGCAUUAAAACAAAGAUACAUGACAUGGAAACAGGCAAAGCCAACCCUGACUUUGCACCCAAUGAAGACGACCUCUUGGGCUCUGGGAAAAUCAUAGUCCCAGGCACCCGGCUGAUAAAGAAUGCCUGUUCCGUUAGCAUGGCUCCGGCUGCUGCCGCAGGAGCCCGGAUUGUGGGUGCAGCCACUGCAGGUGUCUUUCUCCUGGUGGACGUGAACUUGCUAAUAAGGGAGUCAAUGCACUUGCAUGAUGGUGCAAAGGACGAGUCUGCUGAAAGCCUGAGGCAGCUGGCCAGGAAGCUGGAGAGCAAGUUGCAGGAGCUCAACAAGACGUAUGAACACCUGCAGUAGGGCCUGACUCAGCCACCCCCAGAGCAGUGCAUGGAUCAGGGUACACAUGGGUCAAGGUACAGAGGUACCUUGUUAGAGAAAAAAGGAGAGGGAGAGAAAAUUUUUGGAGCUGAGUAUCAGGAAUUUGAGGUUUCUGCAACUGAGCACAGUAGCGGGGGGAUGGAUGUUGGUGACCGCUCAGGGAGAGUGAAGGAAGGAACCUGGAGCCUAGAUUGAGGGAAGAGGGGGAACUAGAGAAGGGUUGGGGGUGGGGGAGAGAAACCACUUUUUCCCUUCAUACUAUGAAAUUUUAUUUUGUUUGAGGAAUAGCCAAUUAACAAUGUUGUAAAACAAAACAGUUUCAAGUGAACAGUGAAGGGACUCAGCCAUACAUCUACAUGUAUCCAUUCUCCCCGCAAACCCCCUCCCAUCAGAAACUACUUUCUUGGACCUAAAGAAGUCACUGGGGGCAGAAUAAAGGGAGAGACAGGGGAACUAGCUAUGAAUGGGUUGUAAAUGAGAGAAAGUCAAAGAGUUAGGAUUGUUGGAAUCCAGGAGAAGUAGCAGGGGCUCCUCUAUCACCCUCACCAAGGUCUGAUGUCCCAGCAUGAAGAGUCUCCCCCUGAUGAUGGUCUCUAGCAUCAACUCACCUUUGAUCCCAGCAGCUUAUCUUAAUUAGCCAGUGACUUCUUUUGCUUGCUUGUUUCUUUAAUGGAAGUACAGUUGAUUUACAAUAUUAGUUUCAGAUAUACAGCAAAAUGUUUCAGUUAUUGUGUAUCUAUGUAUAUACCUGUUCUUUUUAAUUUUUUCAUUACAGAUUAUUACAAGGAUUAUACAAGAUAAUAUUACAAUAUUAUACAAGAAUAUUUUCCCCUGUACUAUACAUUAAGUUCUUGGUUUUUUAAAUCUAUUUUAUGUACAGUAAUGUGCAUCUUUUAAUCCCACACUCCUAAUUUACCCCUCUGCCCCUUUGGUAACAAUAAAUUUGUUUUCUGUGACUCUGA